UAAAAGGGAUUAAGUAGUACUUGAAAAUGCCACAUGGGUCUAAAAACCGGGAGGAAGAAACUUUUAAAGACAAGAUAAAGGAUGUGUUGAAAAAGCUGAAAGAGGAGAAACCAAAAAACGAGGCAGGUGUAAUAAAUCCUUCGACGUUGCCAGGAAAUGAUAUUAAGAUAUCAGUAAGUUCUUCAUGUUCUCACUUAAAUUUUGUAUAAUAUUCUUGACCUGAUACAACCUGCAAACAUGAUAUUGCGACUCGUGCGGAUUGACAAUACUGACUGGGGACAGAAUCAACCUGUUUAGUUUGUCAAUCGAACCCUUGAAUAGCGGACUGUAGGUUUGUUCUGGGCCCCGUUUCGCGUUGCCGUUGAAAUAAAUUCGGGCUCUCGAUACUUAGGAAGAGUUGUCAAUGCGAAAGACGUCGUAUUUCACCAAUCAGAUCCUGAUUUUGUUAAAUUUCAGGAUUUGACGUAGAUGCAAAAUUUACAACUUACGCUUUCGGGAAAGCCGUGCACCUGCGAAUUUCAGAAAACAUAUCUGCCUUUGAAAUGCAAAUAUUAACAAAAACAUCCUCCAAGCGGGUUUCAAAUUCACCGAAAAUAAUCGUAAAAUUUACAAAUAUAACAUUUUCCGCUUUUUUUGGCAAUUUUUUUCUCCUUUUAAACAAGCAAGAAAAAUUCUGUGCGAAAAUCGAAUGACAUUUUGGCUCGGUCUCAAAAUUUUAUAAUGAAUGGUCAGAAGUAGUUCUCCAAAGAUUAACAUAAUAAGUAAUUACCCAAUGCCACGCAAUAAAUUUGAUACAGAUUCGCAUUCAUAAUGUUUUGUAGUAUUUACAUAAAGGCAAUAUGCUUGAUGUAGGACAAAAAGUUCAAUUACAGCUUUAUUGAAUUUUCUUCUGACAUCACAAAAUUUAGAGUAUUUUUAUCAGUACUGAUAUUUUAUUGAUCCAGUAAUUGGUUUGUAAGAAAGAGGAACCAGAAACGCUUUGACUAAUUACAGUUUCAUUGUAUAACAGAAGAAAUGAUGGGAUUUAGAACAACAUUUCAUAUUAUUAAAUUUCAAAAGUAGGUUGAGUUUGAUCGUCCGUGUGAACGUAGUCCUCAAUAGGACUGUUGUUGAUGACAGUCACUGACGUUUCGAAAACGUUUGUUUUUCUGGCACCAAUCAGAAGCCAGAACAGCGGCGACCGUUUGGAACUGGUCUGGUAAGACAUUGUCCCCAGGGGCUCUUCUCGCCGUUCUUUACUUUUGUUCGUGCCAUAUUUUCCCGCCCGUUUAGACUUUCCCUCGCCCCCACUAUCUGCCCCUGGGUCUCCGAGGAUGAAUGAUACUUGAUAAUAUGGAAGUUUUAAAUGACGAGGAAACCAUUAUACAAAGGAUUGAGUACGUGUUGGACAAAGUUAAAGAGAAGUCAACAGAAGCAGAUAAGGAGAUAGAAAAAAUCCUCAGCAACUGCUAGGAGGAUACUAAGAUAAAAGUAAUUCUCAGAGUCAUGGGUGCAUGGGUGCGAGGAGGUUGGAGAGCAGUCCGCAAAGGAUCGCAAGGCAAACUGUCGGCGAGCUCAGUUUCAAAACCGUCAGCAGGGAUCUCCGUGAUCCAUGUCUUUUCGCUGAUUUUAGCUACAAUUAUGCUAAAUUCAUUGUACUAUCUAAAUUGUUACAUUUUUCCCUAAGAAGUGGCUUAAUUGUCUUUUAAAAAUGUAAGUCAUCGUUGACAGUUAGCUGGCGAAAGACUUCUCGUAUACAGAACGAGCUGUGCACUAACAAUGUAUCAAGUAUGUCAUCCAAUGUGUGUUCACCUUUCCAGAGAGCGAAAUGUAUAACAAAUAAUGACAGAUUAAAAUUCAGUUGAUGGUCAAUAGUGUAAUGGGCUAGACGAAUAUUCCACAAUAUCCACAUUGAAAUAACGCGAUGGAUCGCUCCAAUUCACUGGAUAUUUCGAUUCUUGAAGACUUUCAGCAAAGAUUGAUGUCAUGACACAAAUAAAGUUUUAGAGCGAUUUUCGUAUGACCUUGAAUAAUGGUUUCGGUAAGUGUUCGUUAUUUGACUAAAGAUCAAAACAUGGCCUCUACGUUUUCCCACCAAAGGAAAACCUAAUAUCGAGAAGGCAUUGUUCAAUGGCAAAUCGUGUUGCAGUAUGACGUCAAAGCGAAGUAUCAGUUGAAUUCUAGAAAGUUCUAGGUCUUCUAGGUCAUGAAGUUUUUUCACCCGAGCGUUCGCUUAACCAACCAAAAGCCACGCGCGUUUGUAUAAGUUCGAUAAACCAAAUCUCUCUAUUUCCGUUCGUUCGUUGUUUCUGUUUUCUUUGCGCGUUUUCUUUUCAAGGUCAUGUGAAAAUCGGUCUAUCCUUGAAUAAAGUGCACUCUAUAUUCAUACAACACAGCUUUAGCAAACGCAAGGGUCUGUCACUAGAUACUGGACCACUAUUAAAGUAUUGCUAUUCAUAAUCAAGUUGGGGAAAGAAAAAUCUCAAGAAAAUUAGUCAUAAAAAAAUCCUUUACUUUUAUAAUUGUCGAUAUAUAAAUGGACUACUGCCUAGACCUUCUCCAUGCCUCCGUUAUGCCUUAGUUUUGUUUUGAAUUCUCCUGGGAGCAAGAAGCUCAAGAAUCUAGGUUUUCAAUUAAGACUAUAGGAUCCCACGGGAUUCCAAUUCUUUCCGUCUUUGUUGUUUGUAUCAUGAACCAUAAUUCAACAAUAAGGAGGAAGGAAACAGGCAUGACAUAAACCCAGCCAUGCUUUUAGCUUGGGAAAACGGGAAACCGCGUUCAAACCUGUUUUGCAACAAAUCAGCCUGUUUUGGUGCAAGAAACGUUUGAUUUGUGGGUGCUACGACGCCCAACAUCACUUUUCAACUCGUUUUGCAACAAUGUUGCCGGUACCACCUUGGUGUGAGCAAUUCUGAACCAUUUCUCUUGAGGGCCAUCCCACAUAAUGGGGCGUGAAAGUGUAGCUCAGAGUCCACGUCCCUGUCACUUUCCCUGGUUGCCCGUUUUAAGGGCCAUAGGGGAGACUAGUCAGACUACAGUGUUACUAUAAUUAUGCACCCAUUGAAAUAAAGUGUCAUUCAUUCACGUCCAUAUACCUUAUUCAAGACUAAGCUAUACCCUAGUUCAGUGCACAAAGGUUAUUUUUAGACAAAAUGGCCCUAAACACUUUUCCUUUGGCUCGGCACAUACCUGCAUAACUCGCACAUUGUAAAAAGGACAAUUUAUAGUUCUUUUCUCUAGACUUCUCUGGCUUCUUGUUUAUCAGGAUGUUGUAGUCCUUUUCUUAAUAGAGCACAUUGUAUCACUGUAAAAUCGGCGAGAGACACGUUUUACCGACUUAAAAAUGGAAAAAAUAAAGCUUUCCCUCCCUCAUCCCCUCCAUGCAAUGUUGUGACGCGUUCAAGCUACCUAUAGAAACCACCCAACACCACACCUUUGGAUGGAGGGGAAGGGGAGGGGUGUGGAUUGUUUUGUUCUCCGAAGUUACCCUAUUUCAGUACAAUGUCUCAACAAUUUUGUCGCAGAUUGUAGGUCUAAAGGGCAGUGAACAGUCAUAUUGUCUUUUAUAUUCACCUACAUUCACAAUCAAAAUUCAUCUUUUUUGCAUUUAGUUUGGUACAGACGAGGCUGGACAGGCCAAGAUUGAGGCAGUGAAUAGCGCAUUUAACCCCAAAGAAAUAAACAUUAUGGAAAAAACAAGAGCAACAAACAACUCAACAGAGAAUGAGCCGGGCAAUAACAAUCCACAAGGCAAGGGUAUAAUAGAACAUGGAGAAUUUGCAGAUCUCAUAAAACGCGGCCUUCGAGAAGGACUGAAAGGCAAGGUGUUAAAAGAAUUAGAAAGCCAAUUCGAGUGCGAAUUUCUUACAGCACAAGUCGAUAUUUGGGGCUGGAGUGUACAAAAAUCAAAGGCAAGGUUCUACAGUGGAAAAAUGGAUGCAGUCGCUAUUCGUGUAACUGGGCCUAAACCAGAAGUUUUGGUUGUUGACUGGAAGACCAUCGACGCUAAAAAAGAGGAUUCAGAUUUAAGCACUUGGUGGGAAAAAGCUAAAAACUUUAGAGUUCCUCUUUAUCAAUGUUUAGUGUACCGCGAGCUUUUGGCAAAGCAUUUAUCAAACGACCUUGACGUAAAAGUUGGCGUUAUGAUAGUACCCUAUCAUCAAUCGCAUCCGGAGCUGCUUAAGCCAGGGUUAUGCGUGGACUUCACGGAAAUGGAAGAGAAAGGCUUGCUAGCGGGACUCAAAAAAUAUCGAUGGUGUUCCCAAGACUCUGAAGUUGUCCACACUAUAAAGUUCCCCGGAUGUAAGCUAUUUAAAAAGCUAAAAAUCCUGAAUGAACUUCAAUGUGUGGAUAAAAGCACUGAACUGUUAAAAGAUGGAGCUUUAUUGAAAGAUAUAAUCAGUGACGAUGCUACAAUUGGAGUCUUGCGUGAAGAGUUGGGCCUUCUGCUAUUAAAGGUGACUAAUGAAGUAGAAAAAGAAGAAGAAGAAGAAGAAGAAGAAACAAGAGUAGAAGGAAGAGAUGGAGAAGAUGGAGUUAGUGGUGGUAAAGGAGGAAGAGGAAGAGAAAGAAGAGCAAACCAAGUAGGAGAUGGAGUGGGUAGAAGUGGUGGAGAAGGAGAAAAGUUAGCGUUAGAGUUGGGGUUAGUGUUGGUAUGGUUAGGGGUAGGGGUAGGAUUAGGGUUAGGGGUAAGGGCAGGGGAAGGUUUAGGGUCAGGGUUAGGGUUGGUAUGGUUAGGGGUAGGGUUAGGGUUAGGGUUGGGGUUAGGGUCAGGGUUGGGGUUAAGGGUAGGGGUAGGGUUAGGGGUAGGGGUAGGGGUUGGGGUGUGGGUAGGGUCAGGGUUAGGGUUAGGGUUUGUAGGGUUAGGUUUAGGGGUAGGGGUAGGGUUAGGUUUAUUGUCAGGGUUUGUAGGGUUAGGUUUAGGGUUAGGGUUAGGGUUAGAGUUACGUUAGAAGACAACGAGAUAGAGAAGGAGAAGAAGUAAGAGAUGGAGAUUGUGGUGGU